UCAAAAAUUGUUAGGAAAAAUAAUUUUUGGCUUUAAUAUUUUUACUCUUGGUCUUAAAUUGUAUAAACUAGAUGUGUAAUAUUCUUAUGUAUAUAGAUUAUAUAACAUGGAUUCUUUGGUUUUACGUACACAUUGUUGCCUAAAUUGCACUAGCUAUGUUUAUAUUUAUUUAUCUUUAUAUAAAGGUAAUGAGUAAAUCUAAAAAAAGAAAGAGAAAUUGCCUUAGUGACCACCAGCUUGCUUGUUGUUGGGAUAAAUGCUUUUCACAAAGAUUUUGCCUGUAUGUUGCAACAAAUGAAACAGAUGAUCAUUGCAGUUAUCAGAAUAUAUAUCAAGACUUUUUGGCUGAUUUAUCUUCAGAAAAAGAACAACUUAAUAAUGUAAAAUCGCAACUCAAUUCUUUUGACAUUAUCAAAUGGCGAAAACACACAACAAAAUUGCACAAAUGUGGGUUUAUAGUACCACAUCUUAAAAAGGAAAUUAAAGCCGAACUUGUCACUCAGGCUUGGGCAAAAUUCUACACAAUACUGAGUUCGUUUGACUUCUUCACUGGCUGUAAAAAAAAUGUGACAACCGUUCAUUUGUGUGAAGCUCCAGGUGCUUUUGUAACUGCACUUAAUCAUUACUUACAGUUAAAGAAAUAUACUUUUUCUUGGAACUGGGCUGCUACAACUCUUAAUCCUUAUUAUGAAGGUAACAGUUUGGGCCAAAUGAUUCCGGAUGACAGAUUCAUCAUCGAUACAUUGGACAACUGGUUAUUCGGUCCUGAUUACAGUGGGAAUAUCAUGAAUGAGGAUAAUUUGGUGUUUCUUAAGAACCAGUUUUCGCAAUGUGACAUACCACUUGUUACUGCAGAUGGGAGUGUGGACUGUUCAGAUGAUCCCGCUAACCAAGAAAAUCGUGUUUCAUUGUUAUUUUUAUGGGAAGUUGUUACUGCAUUAAGUAUUUUGUCUGAAGAUGGUUCAUUUGUGCUUAAGAUAUUUACAAUUUUUGAAGUGUUUACAAUUUCACUUCUUUACUUUCUAAAAUCAGUGUUUCACAAAGUUACACUUUUCAAACCUGGACCAAGCAAACCUGGCAAUUCAGAAGUUUAUGUAAUUAAUCAAGGUUUUUUGAAGAUGAGAUGUAGUGAGUCUGUUUUGUGGAAGCAAUUUUUAAAUGCUGCAUAUAAAAUGAAUACUGAACUUGCUUCGGUUGAUAUUAACACAAUGUCAGUAAGUUUUCUGCGUUCUAUCAAGAGCUAUGUGCUAAAAUCAUGUAGUGCACAAAUAACUGUUAUUAAUGAUAAUGUAAAAUAUUACGAAGGUCUAUCUCAUGGUGAGUAUGUCAAACUACAGCAGGUUAAAAAUUACAUCGCAACUCGUUUUGUUGAUGAAUUUGGCAUUCACCCAAUUAGUAACUACCUUACUCCAAAGCUAAAUUCAAGGGAAUUGCAAAUUGAAAGGUGCAUUAGCAGAUUUAAAACUGGAUCAUAUACCAACAGAGUACAAAAUGAUGUUUCUUAUUGUGUUCGAAAUGAGGUUACCAGUAACCAGGAUAAAAAACUUGUUUCGUGUUUUCAUGUUGAACAUGGUGUGGCCUUGUCAAAAAUACAAACAUUUGAUUGGAUCAUUGGUAAAAGGUUUCAGAAAUUAAGUUGCUCGUUUUUCUACGAUCCAGAAACAUUACUUCAAUAUCAUAAAUUAAGAACUGUCUCUCCAAAACCUCUGGAAAUGGAAGAAUAUGGAUGUAUUUUUAAAGAAGUUGAAGAUGUCUGCACAUGUCAUGGUAUAUUUAAUAUCAACAAAGCAGUUGUAAUACCUGCAGAUAAUGUUGCAUUACUCUCUUUCUUGGAAACUAGGAAUAUUACAAUAUGUGAAAAUACUGGUGGAGAUAAGUGUGACAUGUCGAUAUUGGAGCUUAACUUUGCAGUAAGUAAAUUAAAGAAAGUCAAUGUAUCCAAGAUUAUUCAUUUGUUUGAUAUUUUAUCAUCUGUAACAGUUGUUAUAGUUGAUGACCUUAUCCUUAGUUACUUUUGGCAUGGUGUAUUGUUUUUGUUAUCCAAUUUGUAUGAAAAGGUCAUUUUCUGUACACCAAGAAAAGGCUCACUGUGUAUUGUUUUCCUUAGUUUUCAGGAAGACACUGUUCAGGUUGGUCAAAUUGUUUCAUACCUGAAUCGUAUAAUAGAGAAACUUGACAGUAUUAAUCCUGGUGAUGAUAUUUUGCAUGUGAUACCAAUUGACUUGCUCCUUAAAUCCAGUUAUUACAAGUUUGCAACUAUGCAAAUGAAGUAUUUACUUAAACAGCAUUUUCAAAUGCAGUCAGUUUAAACUUGCAUGUAGAAAAGAAGUUUGUGCACCAUAAUGCAUCAAUUAAACACCCCAAAUUUUCACUUGUUAGACUGGGUGCUUAUUUAAUAGGACAGUUAAUGUGAGUGGUAAUACAUUUCUUGUAAUUUUUCAAUAUUUGUAAUUUUCAAAAUUUAUGGUAACAACAUUACCAAUUAGUGAGUGCAGACUUUUUAUCAAAGAGUUCGAAGCACAAUGUUUGAACAACAACAUGUAUUAGAAUUGCUUGUGAAUUAAAGAAACUUUUUUUAGUCAA